GCCCUUAAACACAAACCUCCCCGCCUGCAUGUUUAUGGGUGUGUCGGCGUCUGUUAGUCUGUUGGUUGACACGAAGGUUCGUCUGGAGUGAAAAUCCUUGUUGGAGCACAUCAGCAGUCAUGAGUUACGCUAUGUCCACUACAGUAGCUGUGACAGCUGGAGUGGUGCUGGUCUCAACAGCAGGUGUGCUGGGUUAUCUUUUCUUUAGCAGGAAAAGGAAACCACAGAUUACCCUGAUCAAUCCCUCUGAAAAAUACAAAUUGAGACUUGUAGACAAAGAGAUUAUAAACCAUGAUACCCGGAGAUUUCGGUUUGCCCUGCCAAGCCCCGAGCAUGUCUUGGGGUUACCAGUUGGCAAGCAUGUUUAUCUCUCCGCCAGGAUUGAUGACAAUUUGAUUGUGCGUCCCUACACACCAGUUUCCAGCGACGAUGACAAAGGAUAUGUUGACCUAGUUGUUAAGAUUUAUUUCAAGAAUGUGCACCCAAAGUUUCCUGAAGGAGGAAAGAUGUCCCAGUACCUGGAGAGUUUGAAGAUUGGAGACGUGAUCGACUUCAGAGGACCAGGAGGUUUGCUGGAGUACAAGGGACAAGGUCAGUUUGCCAUACAGGCUGAUAAAAAGGCCCCUGCUGAGAUCAAGACUGCCAGAACAUUAGGUCUUAUAGCUGGAGGAACAGGCAUCACUCCUAUGUUGCAACUGAUCCGGGAUAUAAUGAAGAACCCAAGUGAUGCAACUACUUGCAACCUGUUAUUUGCCAACCAGACUGAGAAGGACAUUCUGCUGAAGGAUGAUCUGGAGGAGAUUCAGGCAAGGCAUCCGGAUCGCUUCAAACUCUGGUUCACCGUGGACAGAGCACCUGCAGACUGGGAAUACAGCCAGGGCUUCAUCAAUGCUGAGAUGAUUCAGGAGCAUCUGCCACCACCCAGUGAUGACUGUAUGAUCCUCAUGUGCGGCCCACCUCCCAUGAUCCAGUUUGCCUGUAAUCCCAACCUGGACGAACUGGAUUACCAGCAGAGCCAACGCUUUGCCUAUUAGAAAUUUCUUGAUGUUCAGGGCCCAGGCCCAGGCCACACAUUCAUGUUUAAGCAAAUAUGGUAUUACAAAUGUGGUCUUGUGUAGAACAUAACCUUUUUAUGGAGGCUAUAUAAUCUUUAUUGAAUGCUUAAAGGGAUAGUUCACCCAAGAAUGAAAAUUCUCUCAUUAUUCACUCACCCUGAUGCCAUUCCAGAUG